AUGCCUGUUGGCCUGAGCCUCAGCGUACGUAAAACUCACACUGCUGUGAGCAACUUGCAAGAGAUUCAGUAUGCUUUGUCGGAGAUUUCAGAACUAGCAGACGCUGGCGAAACCAUCGACGCUGAUACCCUUCGAUGCAUCCUGGACGACGCCGAGUACAGUGUGGGAGAGCUCGCUAGAUUGUUCACCGCUGCAGACCCCAUCUUCUACAAUGUUCGCCAAACCUCCAGAUCAGCCGCUCUCGCACAAAAGACAUUUGCUGCGACGGAAUUGUUGGAAAUGGUGCUUCUGAAUCUAAGUCCUAGGACUCUUUUCAAUGCUCAGCCCACUAGCAAGAAGUUCUUCGAGACAAUCGAAGCGUCUUCGAAGCUGCAGCGGAAAAUGAUGCUGAAUCGAAGCAACCGCGACGUAUUCUCGACUUUCCUGCCUAGCGGCGGGUGGAGAUGCAACAUAGAAACUCUUCUCGGACUGUCAUAUCGGAUCAGGCCCCCGGCUGUCUUUUACGAGGAUGAAGAGGACACCGCUCCUUUCUACACCGGAGGAACGGACAGGGCCGAUAUGGACUUGUUCGUCUACGUCGAUCCAGGCCAAUUGCCGAGAGUGGGUGCAAGGUGCCAGAAGAUUCUGCUGUGCGAACCAAUCAUCACGAGCAUCACCGUUUUCCCGGGCUGCUGCGGUGCGAUUGGAAGCUCGGAGUACCCCAUUAUCUGGAGGAGCGAAGAACAAGACAGCGUGCACGAGAUUAGCAAUCCGUCUGGUAUGACUAUCGGGGACAUAUACAAAGCUGCAAGUCUUGUGGAAGCGCACCCAGAGUGUCAUUUCAGGGGCGUAACAUUUCGCGGUACCAUCAGUGUCCGGCGUGCUGAUCCAGUCGCACGAAGGUAUCUCGACAUAUGGGAAGCGUCACAGAGUUCCAAUGAGUCUGUAGAGUUCGAGGACUUCCAAGGCCCGUUGGAAAUCCCACAGGCGGAAGAUGGGACCGUGAAUGAGCGUGAUGAGGCAGACAGUGAGGCAGAAAACGAAACGCUCAAGGCAGCAGAUGAGCUGUAUGACGAAUUGACCGAGCCAUGA